GGGCUGAUGCAUUAUAUGACGAUGAAUUGGAAAAUGAAGCGGAAGAACUCGAGGAGUUUUUACGUAACUGAUUUGAAUUCGUUCUGAUACGCAGAUGUCUGGAGCACGACGAGACUUGACGAUCCCGAGGUAUCUGCUGGUUCGUGAUACACACGAGGAGGAUUUCAUCAGGAGUGCGGCACGACUUUUACGAAUGACUAAUAACAACGACAAUCAGAACGAGAGGAGAAAUGACAUUCGGGAGCUUGCCAGGAUUAUUCAGCAGUCCCAGAAGGAUCAAAUCCCGAAGGUUGACGUUCCAUUAUUUGAUGGAAACAACGCCUCGGGAUGGGCAGAAAAGUUCGAGCAAUUGGGAAAUUGCUGCGAAUGGUCGAAUGAAAAGAUGUUGCGAAUGGUGAAGAGAUACUGCAAAAUCCAGUACAAGGAAGACGUGGAGGAGUUGAUACAAGAUUCGCUGGACUGGCCAAAAUUCAAAAGGAAGCUGCUAGACAAGUACCAGUUGAGUGAUCAACUGUUAGACUUGACAGAUUUGAGGAAGGUUAGUCGGAAAAGCUUUGGUACAACAAAGCAGUUCCUUACUGAAUUCGAGCGGGUGGCAAGGUUAGUUCCUGACCUUCCAGACAAAGAUCGUUGCCUCAUCUUUCUGGAUAAUUUCACGGAAGUGGAGCAGCUAAAAGUGAUAAAGGGAAUGAAAGAACGAUAUGAUUGGCCAAAAAUUCGAGAGAAUUUAUUGGCCGGGAACUUUGAUCAGAUCCUCUACCGAUUGUUGAAACAGCAGAAGGAGAAUCGAGAAAGGAUACAGUUGGAAACAGAUAAGGACAGGGAAGUCUAUAAAACCUUAUCUGACAUGAAGGAAAUGAUGACAGGCAUGAAAGAAAAGCGGUUGAAGCUUCAAGUGAUGAUCGCUAAGGCGAAAACUGGGAAGAGAAAAGAGAAGGAGCCUGUCACUGAAGAGAGUAGCAGUGAGAGUGAAAGCGAGGAGGAAAGGGAACCCCCUCGUAAGUUGACCAAGGCUGAGAGGAAAGCCUUGAACAAGAUACGAGGAGGGCAAGGUACUUCUCGUAAACAAGGAGAAAGCAGCAAGAACGGAGAAAAUGGAAGCGGGGAGCAACAGGUUGAUCAAGAACAACAAAAUCAAGGUCAACAGAAUCAACCACAGGGUGGUCGAGGCUGUGGUAGAGGCCGCGGAAAUGGAGGCGGACGUGGGAACUGGCAGGAAUACAUCUGCAAAUAUUGCGAUAUGAAGGGACACGUUAUUCGUUUCUGCCAGAUUCCCGCUAAGGACGAGAAGGACCAUAUCGUCUUCACAACGAUUCGAGGAGAAGUCUUUGACUUUGAUGAAAAUCUCAUCGAUCAGAACAUUGAAGGAGGAAUGAGAAAAGAGCGUGAUCUGGUUACCCUAAAGGAGAUUCUUGCAGUAUCGCCAAAGCUUCGCGAAGAAUUCAAGCAACGCAUGACUCGGAAGAAAGUCAUGACAGUUAAGCUGAGUGAGAUUAUCCCUCCAGAAGCUAACUGGGCACCUCCUGGCACAAAGAUGGACUAGCGAUGCGUGGCCACAGGCCUCGUAAAGGUUCAAAUCGGCCGUGGAGAAUUCUCGACUCUCGUAGAUGAUGGGGCCGAAAUGAACAUCAUGAGGGAGA